AUGGCCACUCUCGAGAAGAAAGAUAUCAGUGAUAGCAAGCUCGAGUAUGCUGAUGAUCUCGAGAAAACCAAUACCACAUGGGAUGACAGACCGACUCUUGAUCCCGAAGUGGACAAACGCAUCACACGAAAGUUCGAUACACAUGUGGUCCCGUGGUUGUUCGGCUUAUGGCUGUUAGCCUUCAUCGAUCGCUCCAAUAUCGGCAACGCCAAAAUUGAUGGACUCGUCACCGAUCUCAAACUCAACGGAAACACCUUCAAUGUUGCAUUGGCUGUCUUUUACGUCCCCUACAUUCUAGUCGAUGUACCGUCGAACCUCGUCUUGAAGUACUUCCAAGCAGGUUAUUACCUUCCUGCACUCAUUAUCGGGUGGGGCUUGGUUGGGAUGUGCAUGGGCUUCGUGAAAAGCUAUACUGGACUUAUUGUUACACGCUUCUUCCUUGGUCUGAUGGAGGGCGGCCUCUUGGGCGGCAUGAUCAUCUACCUUGCGAUGUUCUACAGGCGUCAUCAGCUGAUGUUCAGAAUUGGUCUGUUCUAUUGUGCGGCCCCAUUGUCUGGUGCGUUUGGUGGACUUCUCGCUACAGGUCUCGCCAAAAUCCACACUAGCAAUUACAAAGGAUGGCCGUUCAUCUUUUUCGUCGAAGGAGGCAUCACCGUACUCUUUGGCAUUCUUACCAUAUUCUUCUUGCCGCAUACACCAGCCGAAUCAAAGUUCUUGACUGAAGAAGAGAAGGAGGGCGCUGCUCUACGCAUGCACUUAGACUCCCACGGUUCCGACGCUGCGGACAAUGUGAAGAACGAGACGUUCAGCUGGCGCUGGGUUCGCAUGGCUUUCAUAAACUGGAACACCGUCCUCCUCUCGCUGAACUUCUUCGCGAUCAUCACGCCUAUCUAUUCGUACUCGCUGUUCUUGCCAACGAUCAUCAAGAGCUUGGGAUACAAGGCAGUUCACGCACAACUUCUGACUGUGCCACCAAACAUCGGAGCCUUCUUCAGCGUACUUCUUGUCACAUAUCUUUCCGACAAGUACCGUAUGAGAGGCCCCUUUAUGUUGGCCGGAUGCACUAUCGCAGUGGGUGGAUACAUUAUGCUGAUCUCGAGCAACCACCACAUGAUCCAGUAUGGUGGAACCUUCCUGGUCGCUGCUGGCAUCUUCCCUUGCAGUCCUCUGGUUAUGGGAUGGCUGGCCAACAAUCUCGCUCCGCACUACGUUCGCGCAACAGGAACGGGUGCUCAGAUCAUGAUUGCAAACUGUGCUGCGUUCAUUGCUACAUUUACAUACCUCUCCAAGGAUGCUCCUCGAUUCAUCACUGGUCAUGCCAUCAACAUUGGUAUGCUGUGUCUGUCCUUGAUCAUCACCUCCUGGCUGUUGGUCUACUGCAGCUGGGAGAACAAGAAGAGAGCGACUGGUAAGCGGGAUAGCAGAUUGACAGAGGGAGACGAGUCAAUGCUCGGAUACAGGCAUCCAUCCUUCAGAUACACAUUGUAG